AUGAGUAAAAAGGAAGAUACCACAUUAUAGCAGUAAUUAAAAAAUUUAAGUUAAAAUGAGCUGAUAGAUUUAACCAAAAUAGCAAUUAAGUCAGAUAAUGUGGUAUUAUUAAAGCUGAUUGAUAAAUAAAAAAAAUCCAUUAUGCAAACAAAUUCUCCAUUUGCGAAUAAUUCUGAAAAUAUUUUCAAUAUCUGCAAAUAUGGCUCUAGUGAUUUAUUUAAUUACUUUAGCGAUAAAAAGUAUGACUUCUCUAUCAAGGAUACUGCUACAGGAAAUAAAUGCCAACACUUUGCUUCUAUAUAUGGAAACCUCUAAGUUUUAAAUGAGUUAAUCAAAAGAAAAAAUAUUUUUAACAUGAAUGACUAAAACAAUAAAUAAGAAACAGCUCUUCACGUAGCCUUAAAAUAUGGAUAAUAUAGAUAUGAAAAAACAACAAUGCUUCUAACAAGAUUCACAGAUUUAACACUAAAAGAUAGCGAAUUAAAAGAGCCUCAUAGAAUUAGAAUGAAAAAUUUCAAAUAAAACGUUAGGUUAUCUGAAUUUCUCCACUAAAAAUAUAUUAAACAAAAGCAGAGAUAGUAGAAUUAAUUCUUUUAACAAUUGGAUUAAAAUGAAUCAAAUUAAAAACAAUGA